UCUCCACCAUCGUUCCACUGAGAAAAAAAAUCAGACAUUUGACAAUUCAAUUAAAAAAAAGAAACAUAACAAAAAAACUCAUUUUCUCUGUAAUGAUGUACGGACAGAGCGAGGUAGAAUCCGACUACGCUUUGUUGGAGUCGAUACGACGUCACUUGCUAGGAGGAGAGGCCGAGUUGCGGUUCGCUGAGUCAAUACCGAGUUCUUGUUUCACAGAGAGCUGGGGAGACUUGCCGUUGAAAGAGAACGAUUCCGAAGAUAUGUUAGUCUACGGACUCCUUAACGACCCCUAUGACACGUCAUCGCCGUCGUCCGACUUGAGUUGUAUCACCGAAUUUGUAGACUUAGAAACGUCGUCGAAGCGCCCUAGCGAUUCUCCGGUGGCUAAAGCCGAACCGGCGGAGAGCUUCGCAGCGGCAACGGUGGAGAAACAGAAGGCGGCGACGGCGAAGGGGAAGCAUUACAGAGGGGUGAGACAGAGGCCGUGGGGGAAAUUCGCGGCGGAGAUUCGAGAUCCGGCGAAAAACGGAGCGAGGGUUUGGUUAGGGACGUUUGAGACGGCGGAGGACGCGGCGUUUGCUUACGAUAGAGCUGCUUUUAGGAUGCGUGGUUCCCGCGCUUUGUUGAAUUUCCCGUUGAGAGUUAAUUCCGGUGAGCCUGAUCCGGUGAGGAUCACGUCAAAGAGGUCUUAUACUUCGUCUUCAUCGUCUUCGUCAGAAAACAGGAAGCUGAAACGGAGGAGAAAAACAGAGAACGUACCGUCCGAGUUCCAGGUGAAAUGCGAGGUUGUGUAAGAGACACGUGUCAGUUACUUGUUGGUUUCGAAGCUUUAUGUGUGUUUUGUAGUAGAAAGUUUUGCUAUUAAAUUGUUGUGGCAGAUAGUAAAUUGUUCUUCAUGUAAAUUAUUUGAUAUGGAUUUUAUUUGUUUUUUAUUGGUCUCUCUUUCACUAUACAGAGCCAUUUCCAUUAAUAAAUUCGUACAUAAAUAUCA